UUUGUCAAAUGUCAUUUUUGUAACCGUCGGUAUUUCGAAUUCUUAUAAUUUUUUAAUUAAAAUAUUUAUUAGUGUUUUAGUGUAAUAUUAAUCGAAAAGUUGAAAAAUAAAUGAAUAUCAUAGUCGUGGUGUUUAAUUUUGUAUAAAUUUGGACCAAAAGUCAUGCCGAGUAUAAUAAGCAAUACUGUUGAUACUCAUUUAAUAGAAAGUGGUAAAAUGCAGUUGGAGUGUUUAGAACUAGCUGGCCGUACGCUGGACCGGUAUAUAACCGCUGAUAAUUCGCGCCCUUCUUUCUUGGAGAUAACUGGAAUAGCUGCAUUAAGAACACCAACAUGCAGUGGCUUGAAUGCUGGAGAUUACAGAAACCUUGCAGCUAUACUAAAACAUCCAAAUUUAUCACAGUUGAAGAUUUUAAACAAAGUUCCAUUACCACCUGAAAUAAUGGAACAUUUUGCUCAUAUGCAAUGUCACUGUUUAAUGGGUGUAUUCCCAGAAAUAAGCAGAGUUUGGCUCGCAAUAGACAGCAAUAUUUAUGUGUGGGCUUUUGAACAUGGCAGCGAUGUGGCAUACUUUGAUGGAUUAGGAGAAACUAUAGUCAGUGUUGGUUUGGUGAAACCUAAGACUGGAGUGUUUCAGAGUUUUGUAAAAUAUUUACUUGUGUUGACCACAACAGUUGAGAUUGUUGUAUUAGGUGUAACAUUUUCUUCAAGUAAAAAUGAUACUUCAAGUGAAUUCCAAGAGAUACAUUUAGUCCCUGAACCAGUGUUUGUGUUACCAACUGAUGGUGUGUCUAUGAUGUGUGUAAAAUCUAAUGCUAAAGGACGCAUUUUUAUGGGAGGAAAGGAUGGAUGUCUUUAUGAAAUAACAUAUCAAGCUCAAUUAGGAUGGUUUGGUAAACAUUGCAAGAAGGUUAAUCAUUCUACAAGUGCUUUAUCGUUUUUGGUACCUUCUUUCCUGAAUGCAGCUUUAUAUGAUGAAGAUGCUAUAAUCAAAAUUGAAAUUGACAAUUCACGUCAUAUAUUAUACACACUGAGCGAGAAAGGUUGCAUUGAAGUGUUUGAUCUAGGAGCAGAUGGUGAAAGUCUGAGCAAAGUAGUAAGAUUAUCACAAGGGAAAAUUGUUUCAUCAGCCAUGGAUAUAGUCAAGACAUUAGAAGCCAAUAAUUUCAAACCAGUUGUAGCAAUAUCUGCUGUGGAUGAAUCAGAAUCUGAACACUUAAAUCUGGUGGCAGUUACACAAACUGGUGCAAGAUUGUAUUUUAGUACUGGAAGUGGGGACGCGAGUCAAGGCGCAUCUCAGCGGCCGCAAUACCUGACACUUCUUCACGUAAGGUUACCGCCUGGAUUCACUCCCAACGCUUCAGUACUUAAACCGAAACAAGUUCACAGUGCUGUUUAUGAAAAUGGUUCAUUGGUUAUGGUGUGUUCUGCUGGUGGUGGGGGUGAGGCCGAGACACUAUGGUGUUUGUCUCGCGCGAUACCUGGCGGCGUGGCAUUUAGCGAGGCUCACACAGUCCUAGCGUUGGACGGCCCCGCAUGGGCGCUGACGGCGCUCCCACCAAAACACGAUGCAAAUCUUUCCCCAGCUCUAUUGUCAAAGAAAGAGGCGUGGUGUGUGUCGCGAUGGGCGGUGGUGACGGGCGCGGGCGCGGCGCUGGUGGCAGCGGGCGCGGCGCCCGACCUGCUGCGCGCGUUGCUGCGGGACUGCGGCGGGCCCGACGCCGCGCCCGUGCGGGACUUCUUCCAGAUGCAGACAGCGGAGCAGGCGUGUGCGAGCGCGCUGCGGCUGGCGUGCGAGGAGCCGCCGGCCGAGGUGGCGCUGCGCGAGUGGGCGGCGCGCGCGCUGCUGCUGUACGGCAGCCAGCCACAGCUCCACCAGCUCCCGCAGCACCCGCAGCACUCGCAGCACUCACACCUCUACUACCAGCCCUCGCACCCUUCACAGCCUUCCCAUGUACCUUCCUCUUUAGGUUCUCCAAAGUUUUCACCACGUCAAAUGUCGACACCCAUGACCUUAAGAGGGGCGCAGGGUCAAAUACAUCAAGGAAAAUUGAACCAGUCAUACCAGGGUCAGAUGAAUCAAUCAUUCCCUGGUUCACCUAAUCAGUCAUUAAUGCCACAGUCGCCAUUCCAUCAGAAUGUUAUGAGUCCGACACCUUUUAACCAGUCAUCGUUUAUGAGCUCACCUCAACAGAGAGACCCUAGUUUCCCUAUACAAGUGGAAUAUAGUGCAAAACACAACGGACUUUACAUAUAUAUUGGCAGGAUUCUUGCUCCCAUUUGGAAUCUGAAAUGUGUCACAAAAUCAUCGACACCAGAUAAUAAAGAAUUUAUGUGCAGCAAAGUGACAGGCGAGGACUGUGCAUACAUCGCACAGAAGCUGCAGCGCGUAUGCGCGUUCAUGCAGCGCACACUAGCGCCGCCGCACUCCGAUGAACACGCUUCUCUGCAUGCGCUAAAACUUUUCAUAAUGAUGGCGAUAGAAAUGUUGAGUUUGUGGAAAGUGUUAUGUGAACACCAAUUCCAUGUGAUUGCUGCAAGUUUGCCGCCCGAUCAGCAGAGUGCAUUACAAGCGGCUAGUUUUAGGGAAUUGUUAGUAGGAGGGCAAGAGGUAGCAUGUUUACUGCUGAGUUCCCUAGUAGCUGGGUACUUACGCGACAAUGCCUCAGUGGACGGCAUCUCACAGAAAUUGAGACAGCUCUGUCCCACACUGUACAGGCAAGAAGAUGCCACCUGCUCCAAAGCCAAUGAACUGCUAAUGUUUGCAAAACAACAAAAGAAUCCAGCAGAAAAAGAAGAAAUGCUCCAACAUGCACUGAAGCUUUGUAAGGAUGUCGCUCCAAUAGUAAACUUGCCAUUAGUGUGUUCAAAAUUGAUAUCAGCUGGAUUUUACUCUGGUAUUGUGGAAUUGUGUGUGGCAUGCGCCAACAAGUUGGAUCCCCAGGAUAAGGCGUUGCACUACUACAGGAGUGAUCAGCCAUCCCAGGAUAGGGAGGGGCAUAUACUUUAUUUUAAAAGGAUGGAAAUAUAUCGUGAAGUGGGAAACGCACUAGAACGUCUGUACGAACGUAGUUCUGAGACAUCAGGUAGCGAAUAUUCUCCGCGACGGCCCAUGUCGCCGUCGGUCAGCGACGCCAUGCUUACUUUGUCGCCCGCCGACGCUAACUAUCAGGGUCGAAAAUUAGUUUGGGAGUGUUUGUCGUGUAACGAUGAACUCUUACACAUAGCUGUUUAUGAGUGGCUAGUGUCCAAAAAUUUAGGAGCAGAACUGCUGUCGCUGGGCGCGGCGCCGCCGCCGUCGCUGCGGUCGUUCUUGGCGGGCGCGGCGCGGGCAGCUUCCGGUUCACGCGCACUGCAGCUGCUCGACCUGCUGUGGAAGGUGCUCGAGAAGUCCGGCGACCACCUCGCUGCCGCUGACGUGCUCGAGGGACUCGCCACACGACCCGGGUCGGGCGCGACGCUCGCGCAGCGCAUGUCGUGGCUGUCGGCGGGCGUGGUGUGCGUGCGCGGCGCGGGCGCGGGCGCGGGCGGCGGCGGCGGCGGCGGCGAGCUGCUGCGGCGGCUGGAGGAGGCGGCCGAGGUGGCGCGCGUGCAGGCCGCCGUGCGCGCCGCCGCCGCCGCGCUGCCGCGCCACCUGCAGCCGCCGCCGCCGCACAUGCAGCGCCUCGACGACGAGCUGCUCGAGAUCACGCAGUUAUACGAAGAGUACGCGGACCGGUACAACCUGUGGGAGUGCAAGCUGGCGAUUGUGCAGUGCUCGGGCCACAACGACGCCCUUCUCGUGGAGAACAUAUGGAGCAACAUUCUGGCGGAGGCAGAGGCGGCCUCGCGGCCACUGCCCACUGGCGACGAGCGGCUCGCCUCCGUCCUCAGCAAGCUCACCACGCUUGGCAGAGAAUAUGUUCACACGGGACACUGCUUCCCCCUUUAUUUUAUUGUCCGUCAGUUAGAAAUAAUGUCCUGUAAACUUCAAGCAGACAAAAGUAUGGUGUAUAGAACAAUACUAAACAUUGGUGUUUCAAUAGAACAAGUACUGGAUAUAUAUAUUAAGUUGGUAAGUGUGAACGAGCGCGUGUGGCUCGGGUGCGGCGACGAGACGCACGUGUGCGGCGUGGCGGCGCGCCUGAUGCAGGCGGCGCGCGCCGACCUGGCGCCGCUGCCGCCGGCGCCGCGCCGCCGCGCACUCGCGCGCUGCAAGGACCUGCACGAGGCCGCGCUCUCCGCGUUACAGGCCCGGCCUAACACACAAGAACUUAUCGACAAAUUAACGGUAGCGCAGGCACAUCUAGAUCGUAUGGAUUGAACUAGUUCAUAAUAGGUUAGGUAUUCAAUUCUUUCGCAUAAGAAGACAUUAAUGUUGGUCGUAUUCAGUAGUUCUCGACUUAUUCCAAAUAAUCUCAUAUAUAGGUUGACAUUUAUUUUUGGUAUUUCUCAUUCAAAAGUAAACACACAUCUGAAUUUUUUUUUUAUUUUACACUUUCAUUAUUAAUACAAAAUGUAUAUUUAAUAUUUUUUUAACAUUAUUAAUUUACUGUAUAAAUUAUUAAUAUCUGUUAUUUACUUGCAUAAUUAUGGCAGUGACCGAUUAAUUUCAAUAUCUGAAUAUGGAAUUGCUACAUUAUUUAAUUUUGAAGCACAAAUAUUUUUUAUCAAUCGUGUGCAUGUAAAAUAUAAAAAGAAAUCUGCAUCUAAAGAACACUGUGUUAUAAUUGAUGAUUUCUAUUUUUGUAAAUAAAAAUUAUUGAAGUGCAAGCGAU